AUGGUUAUUGGGCUUCUUGCCAUAACGGCGAUUCCUACCGUUACGGGCGUGGGUCAAGCCGUCAGCGCCCAGAAGAAGGCAAACGCGGCGAAUAAGGAGAAGGAAAAAUUUCGCCUGACGGCAGUGGUCGAGGGCGGGGACGAGGACGACGACUACGAGACGGAUUUCUGUGUGCUCAAAGAUGGAAAGUUCCCUGGGUACGCCUUUUGUGGUUACUACUUUAUGUACCCCAGCGAGGAGCAGCACCUGGGGUUAGUGAGCACCAUCUCUGAUGAUCCGCCCAUGCUCAACUGGCUCUACAUUAACAAGGACACGCAUGCGGUGGAGUACGGCGGACGCAAAGAUACCCUUGGUCACGUCAUUGGGCCCUGGGGAUGGAGCGAGGAUGAGUCUUUCUUGACUAUACAGGGCAAGGACGAGUGUUUUGUGGCGAAGCUGGAGCAAGAUGAGAAUGGAAAAUCGCGAUGGGUGGUGUACUGGGAUCCGGAUAACGAGAUACUAGCCACGACGGAGGUGGAGGAGUGCAAGCCUCUGAGGCUGAGGAGGAGGCUUUUACUGGGCAUGGAUAGCAAGUAUGUGCGAGACUAG